UUAUGGAAAAAAUUUUCCAAAAGUUCUUAUUUAUUUUCAUAUUUACAAAAUUUAUUAGUGCCUAUGAAAUAACUCCUUUUCCACAAGAUUUUCUCUUUGGCGUUGCUACUGCAUCUUAUCAAAUUGAAGGAGCCUGGAAUAUUAAUGGAAAAGGGGAAAAUAUAUGGGAUUAUUAUUCACAUUAUUCGCCUUCUAUGAUAAAAGAUGGCUCAACCGGGGAUGUUGCAUGUGAUUCAUAUAAUAAAUUUAAGGAUGAUGUUCAAAUUAUCAAAGAUUUAGGUGUUCAUAUUUAUAGAUUUUCACUGUCAUGGUCUCGAAUCUUACCUACUGGUUUUGCAAAUGAAAUAAAUCACGAUGGAAUUCGAUAUUACAACGACCUAAUUAAUGAAUUAAUAGCGAAUGAUAUUAUCCCAGUAGUUACAAUUUUUCAUUGGGAUUUACCUUUACCCUUAAUGGCAAUUGGGGGUUGGACGAACCCAUUAAUGACCAAAUAUUAUAUGGAAUAUGCAAAUAUUACAUUUCAUUAUUUUGGUGAUCGUGUUCAACAUUGGUUAACAAUGAAUGAACCUAUGUCUUUCUGUACCGAUACUUUCGAAAAUGCACAACAACCGUUUAAUGUACCACAGAUAAAAGGAAUUGGAAUUUAUUUAUGUGCACAUACGGUAUUACGUACGCAUGCUUUGGUUUAUAAAAUGUAUAAAAAUGAAUAUCAAGAAAAGCAGAAAGGAAAAAUUGGAAUUGCUAUCGAUUCAAGAUGGUAUGAACCGAAAACUAAUAAAACAGAAGAUAUUGAAGCUGCUACUCGUGCUUUAGAAUUUGAUUGUGGAAUGUACUUUAAUCCGAUUGUAUAUGGCGAUUUUCCAGAAAUAAUGAAAACACGUAUUGAAAAUUUAAGUCGUAGCGAAAAUUUUUCAAUUUCUCGUUUACCAGAAUUUACCAAAGAUGACAAAGAACUGUUACAAGGUAGCUACGAUUUUAUUGGACUAAAUCAUUAUAGCACGUGGCUUGUUAGUGAUGGAAGUUCUAAAACAAACUGGAGAACUCCAUCAUAUGCCAGAGAUGUGGGUGGAAUUAUGGAAGCUGAUCCAAAAUGGCCUAACAGUACCAUGUCAUGGUUGUAUGAUGUACCAUGGGGAUUUUAUAAAUUAUUAACGCAUAUUCGGGAUAGAUAUAAGAAUCCAAUAAUUGUUAUUACUGAAAAUGGAUUUGCUCAACUUGAAAUUCAAGAUAAAAAGCGAAUCCAUUAUUUAAAGGGUUAUCUGAAAAGUUUGUCUAAAGCAACUCAAGAUGGGUGCAAUGUCAAAGGUUAUAUUACAUGGUCCGUAAUGGAUAAUUUUGAAUGGUUCGAAGGCUUUACCCAAAGAUUUGGAUUAUAUUAUGUGAAUUUUACGGAUCCAUCACGCCCACGGAUUCCACGUUCCUCUGCAAAAUGGUUUAAGAAAUUUGUACACACUCAUCUAAAAAAUAAUAAUAAAUUUCUCGUUGUUCAAGUUUAAUAUCCAGAUAAAUAAAAUCCAAAGCCCUAAAAUGAGUAUCUGAAGUUCGAAUAAAAUAAAAAACUGUACGUAGAAAUACAUCGUCUAUUAACACCUGGAUUAAAACCACUGCAAAAAUUCCUUAUCAUUCUAAUAUCUACUGCCUUUGGUGCUUCAUA